UUGAUAGCGUAUUUAGUUUCAUGUUUUCAAUGUGUUACACAAGCAAAUCGUGAUAAGCGUUUUAAUGCGAUGUAAAGCUACAAGUGUUAUGAAGGCAAAAAGCCAGACGGACUAUUGAUGAAUAAAUAGAUCUUAUAAUUAUUUGGAAGGUCAAACCAAAUCAACAAAAGUAGAAAAGUGGGACAAUUAUUUGUAAUUAAAAGAACGAUCACUACAAAAGUGAGCAAAUAAUGGAUAGUAUAUUGGAACUCUAUUCAACUGUCGAAAAAUGAAAGAAUAUGUGUUGAAGCUAUUGAGAACAAAUUGCCGAAUGCAUUGAUUGAGAGAGACACGGAGAUAAAAGACGAUUCAAUUAUUAGAUUUGUAGCAAAACAGUUGAGAUAAUAUGAGUACGCUUUCAAUAUAAUCUCAUUAUCACACAACGUUACGCGAAGACGAACCUCUUGAGUUUGAGCUUAAUUGUGAGUUCAUAAAAUUGUCGCGUUUAAAAAGAAUGUACACGGUCGGAGACUAGAACAAAUAGAUGUUAAAAGUGUGGCCGCUACGAUGUUAUUCAACGGUUUACACUUGUCAAACUGAAACAAUAUUCUUGAAAGAAGAAGACAAACGGAUUAUUCUUAAGAUAACAUUGUGUCCCAAAGUGUAACUAAAUAUCGGGGUAUGAAUCGUUCAACAAAAAUGUAAAAUACAACCAAUAGAUACUGGUUGGCAGAGAGUAAUUGAAAACGACAACAGGGAAACGAGGAUUUAAACCCAGCCAAACAGAUGCCCAUAUUAAAGAUGUUGAAAAUAGUUACUGUUAUAGGGAUGGUGCUUGUGACCGCCCAAGUCGGUGUGGGUAUCGCUCCCUCGUACAGUACGGACCUGGAGACAGCGCUGCGGACAUCUUUGUUCACAGGAUAUGAGGUUCUCCAGAGACCCAUGGAACAGGUCCCGGUGACAGUGUCUAUGAACCUGAUCACCAUCAAUUCUUUGGACAUCAAGGCACAGACACUUUCAACUUCCAGAUUCUUUCAACUUACGUGGCCUGACAAUCGACUUGAGUGGAAUACAAAUAGCAGUUAUGACAAUCUCCGAUUUUUGUUCACUACCGAAAAAUACGCCUGGGCUCCUAAACUCGUAAUUGAAAAUAGCGUAAAUGAUCUUGAAGUGUUCAGCGACGUCAACACUCUGGUCCGACUGAAUUCCGCAGGCACCGCUAGGUGGACACCAGGGGGCGUGUUCGAAACGAGUUGUGAGGCGGAUAUCACCUACUACCCACUUGAUACGCAGACAUGCAGCAUUGUUCUGACAACAUGGUCAUAUACUUCAAACGAGAUUACUCUGUCAUUUGACGACGACCCAUUCAUUUUGGACAACUUUAGUGAGAAUGGCGAAUGGGAGUUGCUUGAGACGUCAAACACUUCAGAAUCCGCCGGAAGGUCAAAGUCCGAGUCCUACACUUACGACAGACUGUAUUUCACCAUGAAGUUGAGGAGGAGGCCCCUUUAUCACAUUUUGAACACUAUCUUCCCAGUGAUUCUCAUGUCCUGUUUGAUCGUGUUCGUGUUCAAACUGCCACCUGAGUCGGGGGAGCGAGUCGGCAUGUCUUUGACAGUUUUGUUGGCCUACGCUGUGUACCUGACACUUAUAACAGACAAUAUUCCACAGACAUCACUAAGCGCCAGUAUUUUGUCCACAUACCUCACGAUAAUCCUAAUGUUGAGCACGCUCUCGGUGAUCUUCACGAUUGUCGUCCUUGACAUUUACUUCAACCAUGACGAUGACGAGGCGCCUCCUGAUUGGCUGCAGAAGUUCACAAAAAUAUUCUUGGUCAACAUAACGUGCUGGAAAGGACCAAGAAAGCGAGAAGGAUGUUGCAGAAAAGGGAAAGUAAAACCAUCUAAUGGCUCGGAUUCGCGCAUUGCUUUGGUCGAUCUGGAUAAUGUAAAAGAUGCCAAAACAAGGAUUAAUUCGCCUAGCCGCAAAGUGGCGCUGACAGAUGAUGAUCGAGAAAACAAAAACCCUGAGGACAAAAUAUUCUCGUGGAAGGAGGUUGCUCUAAUUCUGGAUCGCUUCUUCAUGUAUUUGUUCGUAUUUCUAGUGUUUACUGUAACCUUGGUUUGUUUGUCGAUUCUCGCUAAAGGUGGGCAGCAGUAAAUCGAACGUGUUAUUGUGUUGGUGGACAACAUAUGAAUAUUGUGUUUGGGCAUCAUUAAAUUGAACGUUUACUGUUAUUAUGCCAAAAUUAUGAUAAUGACUUGCAGUAUUUACACCAUUUUGCUAUAUCUGUAGGUUGCAGUGCUCGUUAUCAUUAAUAUUAGUUGUCAUGUCAGCGUGUGUAAGUUAGAAUUUCAGGAAACUUCGCGUAGCUUACUAUGCUUGCAUGAACGUUGCUUAAAAAUGUGUUUUUAUUAAAUAUUCGGGAACGCGUGCAUCAGUAUGCUAUACGAUUUUCUACUUCUUUAAAUAACUUUCUACUACUUUACAAUAUUGCUAAGUAGUUGAAAUAAUGUUUUAUAUUCGAAUGAUAACAUAUGCAUACCAUUCAUUAUAAAACUAUUAGCAGUUGCCAACGGCGAGUCUCUGAUAUGCUUGUUUGCAUGAAGAUACUACUGUAUAGUCUUAAUCAUGAUUACACCGUUUUCAUGGCGAUUAAAAGCUAUAUGUUGCAGUUCAAUGAACAUUUAAGUUUUAAAAAUAUUCAGACAUAAAGUACCAUAUUUGCUCGCUUUACUCGCUGAGUUUAUGCAUAUUUUUCGGAAAGAAUAUUAAAAUAAACUCUUGACUAGACGUAGUUAUUAGUGAGACUGUACGGUAUUAUUAGAAAUCGUAAGAAGAAUUUGAUCAUCGACGAGUCCUUAUCAUCGGCGAGUCCUUAUCAUCGACGAGUCCUAUUUUGUUAUUUCAUUAAACGAGUCCUUAUCAACGACAAGUGCUUAUGAUCGACGAGUUCUUAUAAUCGUCGAGCCUUUAUCAUCGACGAGUCCUAUUUUGUUAUUUCAUCAAACAUUAAAUAUGUUACUUAGACACCUUUACUUAGAAACAUCGUUCUAAGAGAAGCUGAUUCACUUUCACUCUGUAGUACGUGUAAACUUUUGCGUAGUAAUCGAUGUCUUUGUGAUGUUUGAGUGUACGCCAUAUUUUUUAAAAGAAAUUUGCUAAACUCCUGUGUGAUACUUGUACACAUGAAGUAGUUGUGUCUCUAGUUAAUUGUCGUAUGUACCUUUGCCUCGUACCUCUAAACUGGCUGUUUGUUUGCAAUUUUCCUACUGCGUUUAUCAGCGGGUUUUUUUUUUCAUUUUAUUGUUGACUGCUCUGUCAUCCAACACUUGCGCUUCUCAAAAUAAAACCGAACUACAAGACCAACACCGAACACAUUAAUUAAGUACACAAUACAUGGUAGCACAAUGAGGAAUACAAUUACAUAGUGUGUUGAAGAUGAAACCGUAAAAUAAAGCUUCACCUUCCUCCCCUCUGAAGCCUUCUGAAAUAAGACAAUACACAUUCAUAAAAAAAACAUUUAAAAAGAUUUGUUAAAUCUAUGGUAAUGAGGCUUCAUUCUGGUCAUACUCAAAACUGAGUAGAAAACUAUUUUUAUGCUUCCACGGAAGUAUCUAAGCUCACACAUACUAUAUUUCUUAGAAACAGCAAGUACUGUUGCCAUUUGCGAGUUACGCUUAUACUGUGACGACAUGUAGGAAACAAAUAUGACAAUUAUAGCAUGGACGUUUUGUAUUUUUUGUAUUUUCCAGUGUGUUGUGACAUCAUGUAUAUUCAUUGUCAUGUGAUAUGACGUAACUGUACCCUAUAUAGUAAGAUUGCCUUAUAUUAAACGUUUGCCAUGUGAUUUUGCGAAUUGCUUGUAAUGUUGUUUUGUACGUCUGUUGUAGGAAAUGUUACCGUGCCAAUAAAAUGUGAAUGUCUGUA